CAGGCGCACUGACGCCGGUCGUGCUGUGUUUACAUUCGAGGUCGCUGCGGGCGCCGCCUCCUGAGGGCAGGUCGCUGGCUGAAGUAUAGAUGACAACAGGGGACUCCGGAAUAACGGGGUUCAUGCAUCGAAUCCGAGCUUCAGCGGAGGAGAGAGAUGGACACGAGCGAACUCUUCACCAGCUGCAGGAAAGGGGAACUCUCCAGAGUGCGUUCAUCCAGUAUCUCAACUACUUCCUAUUUCACUAUGACUUUGACAGCAGCAGUGAUGACACACCAAGGCACAGCUGAGCCAUAGGUUCCGGAAAUCUGUGGGACAUAAAUGUUGAAAUAGAAAUUGCUGGACAUCCAAGCUAUCUGGUUGAACAGAGGGAUGUGGAAUUAAAUGUAAAAGAUAAAUGGGAUAGUACCCCAUUGUAUUAUGCUUGUCUAUGUGGGCAUGAGGACCUUGUUCGCUAUCUGCUUGCCAAUGGAGCAAAAUGUGAAGCCAACACGUUUGAUGGGGAGCGGUGCUUGUACGGUGCCCUGAAUGAUUCCAUUCGGAGGUUGCUGAAGGACUACAAGCAGAUCACUGCUAAGUCUAUGCAGAGAGAUUAUUACGAUGACUUUCUGCAAAGAUUACUGGAACAGGGGUAUUAUAGUGACGUUGCCUUCCUGGUUCACGGGCAGACGUUCCGAGCUCACCGCUGUGUGUUAAACGCACGUUCAACUUACUUCGCAGAAAUGUUUCAGACAAAGUGGAAGGGGAAAAAAGCGAUAGCUCUCAAGCACCCGCUGAUUAACCCAAUGGCUUUCAGGGCAAUCCUGCAAUAUUUCUAUACAGGCCGCUUGGAUAUUGAAGUGGAAAAUGUUGAAGAUUUUAAAAUCUUAGCGAAGCAGUGCAAGUUAGAAGAACUCAUCAGUGAAUUGGAAAGCAAAUGCAAAAAAGUGUACGAGUUUGUUUCUUCAAAGCCUGGAACCUGGGUGAAAGUUCUGACGUUGGAACCUGAUGAAAACUGCAGGCUGCAGGAUGAUUUGGCCAUACUCGCUGACUGUGCCCUGCCUGCUGAACUACGGGUUGGAUUUGGUGAGCUGCCUUUUGACAGCACCGAUAACUUUAGCAGUUACCCUGAUCUGAGUUUCAGAGUAGAAGGCUACAUCUUCCUGUGCCACAAGGCGUUUUUUUGCAGUCGUAGUGAUUAUUUCAGAGCAUUGCUGCAGGAUCAUUUCUCUGAAAGUGAGGAACUUCAGAGUCAGCCCAGUAUCCCCAUGGUGACACUCCACAACAUGACAGAGGACAUCUUCAUCAGAGUCCUUUACUAUAUCUACAGUGAUGAUACUGAGUUAUCCCCAGAAAACGUAUAUGAGGUUCUGUGUGUGGCUGACAUGUAUCUACUGCCAGGCUUGAAGAGGCUAUGUGGAAAGACCUUUGCAACGAUGCUGACCGAAGACAACGUAGUCAACAUUUGGAAGACAGCAAAGCUUUUCAGGCUUUCCCGACUUGAGGACCAGUGCACGGAAUAUAUGGCUAAAAUCAUAGAAAAGCUUGUGGAGUCGGAAGAGUUUGCUGAAGUGGUAAAAGAGGAUGCUGCAGGUGUCGAGUCCCGACAGGAAACUGACUCCAUCCCCCUUGUGGACGAUAUACGUUUCCAUGUCACCAGCAACGUGCAGACUUAUAGUGCCAUCGAGGAGGCUAACCAGAAACUGAAAGCUCUGGAAGAACUCUUGGCUAGAUUGGAACUCGAGUGUUAAGAGAAUAAUUGCUUUUCCAUUGUGACUAGCUACAUAGAUCAUGUUGGAGAGCAGCACUGAGAAGAAUGAGCCUUUGCUCAGGCAAUAUGGUUCAUUUGUUGUAAACUUGACUACAUCUUAAUGCAAUAAGAAUCAAGGACAUUCGGAGACAGUGUCCCAUUUUGUUGGCCUGCAUUAAAUGGAAAUUUAAAGCAAUAAGAUGGAGUUCAUGCAAAUGUUCUCCAUCCUUCUGACAUAGUACUUAUUCCUUUGUGGUUCUCAUUCUGCCCACUUCAGUAGAUGUGUCCAUUUGGGCAAUUUGUGAUAUCCAGGCUUCAGUUGGCCACAGACACCACAGAAACCACAAUGAACUGAAAGAAACCCUCAGAAACAAUGCUAAACUGUCACCAAAUGUUGGAAAAAUAAUUCCUGGCAUUGUGAAACUAGAAUCUUAACUGUAGUUGGAAUAGAGAAUACUGAGUAUUCACAUCUUAUCGUGGUCCCACACCCGAAAUGUUUUAUUUUUUGUUUACUUCAGUCUGACUGAGUUUGCAACAAUUUUUGGUUUUUAAGUUCCAGCUCCAGUCCUCUGCAGUUUUUGUUUUUACUCCUGUGAAAGUGUUGUACCAAUCUGGCCAAGUAUAUUUGCUUGGCCAACCAAGGGGGUUGCAGGACUUUUGGCAAAUGGAGACAUCCUGGGAAAGCUGAGUCUCUACUGUCGGGAUUUAUACCUAACAGCUAAUUUUUGGUGGUGUCAUGUAUUACAUGGGACCCAUGUGUCUGGAGUCAGUGAUGUUCCUAUAGGUUAAAAAUGCCUAAAGAAAUAGAUAGCCUUGAUUAGCCCUUAUGCUCUGACUAAUAAGGACUAAACAGUUUUCUAAGAAUAAUGCUAUGUCCUCUCUGUGAAUUUACUUUUGAACCCAUACCCAUUUAGUAUAAUUGCUUGAUAAAUGAUAAUGAUGCUUUGAUCAGUUUCUUUGCUGCCAUUUACAUAGGGCCAUGAGUAGGCCAUUUGGCCCAUUGAGCCUGCUCUGCCAGUUUGUUAGUCAUGGCAUCUCUUCUUUUUAAUCCUAAUUCUUGUCUCUUCUACUAUACUUCUUAAUACUCUAGCUUUUCAAGUAAGCAUCUGCCUCCCUUUUCAAUGCAUCAACUGACUUUCAUUUCCAGAUUACGGGCGAUAGAGCUUCCCACAUUCUCACCACACCUUUGCAUGAAGAGCCUUUUCUGGAUCUGUGCUGUAAAAAAAAUUGAUGGGAAGGUGGAUGUGAAAGUAACUUUGGGUAGCUCCUUCCCGUGCCCUCCCUGCCCUACCGUGAUGGCGCUGACUUCUAGGGUACCAGCCUAAGCAAGCUUACAAAAUGUGAGACUGUUUCUUUUAAAAGAAAAUUGAAAUUUAGAACUUAUUGCAGUGCAGUUUAGUUUUUUGUUUAUCCUUCACAAAAUGUGAAUUCAUACUUAAAACCAGAGUUUGAAUGCUUUAAGAUGGUUAUUUGUUAUUACAGAACAGCUACAGAGAAUAUCACUUUUUUAUCUCUUAUUUAAUGUGUAUGUAUGUAUGCAUAUAUAUGUUUUAUAUAUAUUAUAUGCAUAUAAAAUUAUAUGUGGCCCAUCUUCUAGCAGCAGAUGCAGUUGGAGCUGCUGAAAAUAUUAGAAUGGUUCCUUUGAUAUAGAUAACAGAUUAUGUAUCAGGGCGUUUGUUGCAUUUUUCUCAUUUAAUUAUUCAACACUUCCUUCAGGUUCACUUCAACGCAGACUUGUCGCAUAUGUGGUAGAAUUCAAGCAAUGAAAUUCAGAUAAGCCAAGGUGUCUUCACAUUUAAAAUGUAGUGUGAUCUGCUCUCCAUGCAAAUGAAUGUUAUAAGUUCAGUUAUUUAUAAAUCACAAUAUGUUGUUACCAGCA